CACGGAUACUCUUCCUUCUUUCUUUCACUGAAUCACGCCACUCUUUUCGUCCCAAGUUCUUUUCGCUUUUGAAUAGCUAGCAAAACUCACUAUGAUUGCCUCUAAACUCUUCAUUACUCUGGGUAUAUCCUUGUGCGUCAAUGCUUUCAGUCUCUACGAGUCUGGAACUGACAAAGAUGUAUCAAAAGCCUGCGAUAAGGCCAUGUCAGCGGACAUCGAUUGCAACAAAAAGGCAUUUAGCUUUAUCAACGGAGGUUGGUACGGCUCUCUCGACAGUGAAGCCUUAACCGACGCGGUCUGCACCAAUACUUGCUCUCAAUCACUCCAGGACUGGGUUACCAGUGUUUCCGAGGACUGCGAGGAUAAGGAUAAAGCCCAAUACGGCCUUCGUAUCUGGACAGGCUGGAAUGCGACUUGUUUGAAAGACACCAAGACAGGACGAUAUUGCAAUGAUAUCAUCGAAGAUUUCACUGAUGUUGGAGAAGACGAGGAGCUCCCGCACGAUGAGCUUUGCCACCCUUGUUAUGUGAAGCGUCUCGAGAUGUAUAAACCCUCGUCGCACGCCCUCAACAUUAAAUGGCACGAAGAGCAACUUGAGCUCGUGCACAAGAAGUGCAGUAGUUCAACCUCCACUGAGACUGCCGUGCUCACUUCAAGUAAGAGUGAACCUUCCGGGGCGGCGACUAUGGCAGAGGCCUCGGAAGCCUCUCAAGAGGCCAAAAGCGGGGGUGAGUCUGUAAUGUCCACUGAGACCUCAGUGCAGACUACAUCAUCUGAACUGACUGUGCCAUCUGCACCCAAUGCAGGUGCCAAAUCUGGACAGGGAGUGUCGUUCGGGUAUGAGUCUCUGAUGCUUCUUUUGUCGAUGAACAUCUUCUUUGUGUAGGGAGAUUGUCUAUUUCUAUCAGAGCUAAUGGACCAAUACUGUUAGAGACUUUUGAAACCAUAUUCAUUCGUAGCUAUAUUCUCACGACCUAGUUUAUAUCGUUAUCGACCCUUCAAGGGUAUCCUUUACCCACUGUAUUGUCUCAACACAGGGC